AUGGCCAGCCAGACUCAGGGAAUUCAGCAGCUGCUCCAGGCAGAGAAGAGGGCUGCGGAGAAGGUGGCCGAGGCUCGAAAACGAAAGGCCAGGCGGCUGAAGCAGGCCAAAGAAGAAGCCCAGGCUGAAAUUGAGCAGUAUCGCUUGGAGCGUGAGAGAGAAUUCCAGCAAAAACAACAGGCGGCGCUGGGCUCGCAGGGGAAUCUUUCCGCAGAGGUGGAAGCUCAGACCCGCAAGAAGCUGCAAGCUAUGCAUGGAGGGCAGGCUCGGGGCAAGGACCAGGUCUUGCGUCACCUUCUCAUCACUGUGUGGAAUGUGCAACCCCAAAUUCACCCCAAUUUCCGCCUGGCUGUCUAAAGAGCCUAGUGCCCCUGCCGGCAGUUGUCUGGGAGACUUCUGAUGUACUCCUUAUUCUAUACAUUUUAGAUCCCCAAGUGCCCGAUUUCCCUGUUUCCACC